AGUGCGACCGCACAUUCGUGAGCCGCGGCGGCGCGAGCAACGGAACGUUCCACGCGCCGGAGCUAUUGAACCCGAACAACCAGAGCCGACAGUGCCUGUACACCUUCCUCGCGGCGCCGGGCCAGCGCGUGCUCGUCGAGUUCCGAACAUUCGACCUGCGAGGCAAGCCGCCGGACGGGGCCGCGGUCGGAGAGCUUCCAACAUGCUUGCACGAGCACAUGGACAUAUACUCGGAGAUGGCGUCGCUGGAGGCAGGCGAACUCGUGAACUCGGCGUUUGGCGGGCGGUACUGCGGACCAAUCCCGCCUCGACGGCGCGUGUCCCUCCACCGCGCCGUCGCGCUAUCCUUCUUUACCGACAAGACGUACACACCACCAACCCUGUUCACUGGCACAUACCGCUUCAUCAACUCUUCGGAGUUCGAAGUCGGGACACCAGUGCCGAACUCAUUGUGCUCCUUCGUCAUCGAAGCGAGCAAGCGCAAGACGGGCCUGCUGCUGUCUCCGACGUACCCGGGAAUCUACCCCAAAGACAUCACGUGCAACUAUUUAUUCACCGGACAGCGCGGGCAGCGGAUCCGCCUCGAGUUCAGGGACUUCGACCUGUUUUUCGGCGGACCUCAUUGCCCAUUCGACUGGGUGCGCGUGUACGACGGGCCAGACAACUCGUCGGCCGUUAUCGGCACGUACUGCGGCCAGCAGCGCAAUCUGGUGCUCUACUCCAGCGACGAGAGGCUCCUGGUGACGUUCUACACGCUGCCGAGGGCGGCCAGCACGCAGAACCGCGGGUUUAAGGGGAUCUUUGAAUUCUCUGAGAGUUUUGUUAAGUUAGAUUUUAUAAGUAAACACGACGCGGAGCACAUUAGGGGCUCAGAGUGCGACCAAAAGAUUCUAAGUAAAAAGGAAUCCACUGGUUUCGUGUACCAUCCAAAUUAUCCAUUCCCCUAUAUACAAAAAGUUGUUUGUAGAUAUUUUAUAUACGGUAUGCAAGAUCAUCAAAACCUGGAACGAGUGCGGUUAGAGUUCCAGAACUUUUCUAUACCAAAAGGCGAACUUUCGAAACCCGAUACAGCCUGCCCCGACGGAUACCUGAAGGUGUACCUGCGCGGGCAGGAGGCGACCGACUCGUACGACAAGCAUGACGCGGAGCUGUGCGGCGAGGGCGCCGGCACCUUCCCGCCGCCGCUCGUCUCCGACGGGCCCAGGCUCGUCAUGGUCUUCAGCUCGGGAGAGCUGCAGGGCAGGGGGUUCAAGGCCAAGUAUACUUUCGAGACUGAAUACCGAGUACCCGGUACCGCGGCGCCGGGCGGCGAAUGCGCGUUCACAUACCGCUCCGAGUCGAAGAAGCGCGGCGAGUUCAACUCCCCCCGCUACCCCUCCAACUACCCCUCGCACACCAACUGCACGUACAUGCUGGACGCGACGCCUAACGAGCAGGUCACUGUCGUCUUCGAUCAUUUUAAAGUCAAGGCUGAUGCGUGGAACGCUACUGCAGGACUGUAUGGCGGCACGACGUGCAGCGAGGACUGGGUGGAGGCGUGGUGGGUGGGGCGCGAGGGCUCGCGCGUGCCGCUGGGGCGGUGGUGCGGCGCGGCGGCGCCCGGCCCGCUGCACUCGCCGCGCGGCGCGCUCGGCCUGCUCGUCGCGCUGCACACCGACGGCGACGCCGUGGCCUCCGGGUUCAAGGCCAGAUAUGUCUUCGAGCCCGCGAAGUCGAUAUUCGGCGACUGCGGCGGGAACAUGUCGGGCGCGGAGUGGGGCGUGAUCACGUCGCCGCGGUUCCCGCUCACGUACGAGCCGCCGUCGCGCAGCGCCGCCUCGCGCGUCUGCAACUGGUUCGUGACGGCGCGGCCCGGGAAGCGACUGCUGCUCAACUUCCAGCACUUUGCUGUCGAAGGACAUCUUACAGAGCGCGGCUGCGGCGCGGCGGUGGUGCGGCUGUGGUACGAGAGUCCCGGCCCGCCGCUAGAGCUGUGCGGCGAGAAGGCGCCCACCGACCGCUGGCAGUACCUCUCCUCCUCCAACUCCAUUAGACUCUCGUUCAUAAUAGCGGACAAGUCAGUGGGCGGGCCGGGGUGGCGCGCCAUCUGGACGGAGGUGACGGUGCCGGAGUCGGGCGCGUGCGCGGGCGCGCCGGAGGGCGGCGGCGCGGCGGAGUGCGCGGGCGCGUGCCUGCCGCGCGCCGCCGCCUGCUCCGGCCUGCCGCACUGCGCGCUCAUGCCCAACCGCCCGCCCACGCACUGUUAGUACGCAACACACCAAGCCACUGCGGGUCGCCUUUAUACAAAACAAACACAAACACACCAGUGGCGAAGUGUCCGUACAACCCAAUUCCUACCGGCUUCCCUUUUAGGUUUACUUACGUCUGUCUUAGUGUUUGUUUUCUAUUAAAAUGGCAGCGAUAUAUUAAUCAAGGCGAUUGCUUUCUUUGCAUCGGGUUACAUUUUGAAAAAUUUCACCCUUCGCCACUGAAACACACAUCACUUUAUUCCUUAAGGGGUGGGCAGGGGUGCAUCCAAGGCACCUAUUUUUUGCCUUAUUUGGUCAGUCCCAUGCGAUGGGGGCGAGCAUAUCGCCAUAUCGAGCAAAAUUUCAGAUCAGAAAACCCAAUAUCAACUUUGCCAAACUCUUCACACACUCAAUUAAAACAUUUCAUGUAGGUAGGUGGAUCCCCUAUUACAAUAAAAUAAUACCAAAGAAGUAGCCAUUUAUUGAACCUCUACAUAGAACCUCUACAUUCUGUGGUCACGAUUUUAUUGUAGUGAUGUCUAUUUUAUUAAAUACUCAAUUUUCAUUCACCUAAAGUAAUAUAUAGCUAAUGAAUACAUAAUAUAAUAUAUAUAAUAAUAAUAAUAUGAAUUAUAUACUUGCCCACUGCUGAGCACGGGCCUCCUCUACUACUGAGAGGGAUUAGGCCUUAGUCCACCACGCUGUAGUGCGGAUUGGUAGACCUCACACACCCCCAAAAUUCCUAUACAGAACUUCUCAAUACAUCAUAUUAUUCAAUUAUUAUAAACAUAAGUAUUUAACUUCCUUUCUUUAAAACCAUUUAACUCAAUAUAAAGGCGAUCCCUGAUAUAAUAACAUUAUCCAAUUCAAGUUUCUUCAUAAAGAGUUCACAUAAGUAUUUACGAUUUAUCUCUUAGCGUAAUCGAUAAGGAACAUAAAUGAUAUUUAGUCGAUUAGGUAACUAGCAAGUGUUGU